AUGGUAAGUAUUUUGCAGAACUCGGGUUCGAUGUUGAUAAAACGUGAAUUUCGAAUUCGCAAAUUGCAGACCGAAGCUUCUGGAAGUGAAGGAUCAGGAAUCGAAAGUUCUGGAGAAGGAUCUGGUCUUUCAUUUAUUCAUUUCGAAACCGAAGGAUCACAAAAUGACACAGAACCGCUACUUUUUGACAGUGCGGGUGAUUCGAACAAUGUUAUUGAACAGGAAAUUAAUGUAGCAGGUGAAUUUUGAGCCAAAAUUCAAGAAAAAUGACUGGAAUUUGCUCAAAAGCCAAUUUCAGACGUGAAAAUUGAGCUCCCGGCGAAAUUUCUGAUUUAUCAAGUGAAAAAUGAGCUCUAGAUCCAAAUUUCAGCGCUCAAAAAUCACUAAAUCUUUCAAUUUCGCGUGGAAUUUCGUACACUUCUGGAAGAGUGGUUUUUGAGGCCUGAAAAUUUGAUCUAGAGCUCAUUUUUCACUUGAUAAAUCAGAAAUUGCGCCGGGAGCUCAAUUUUCAUAUCUGAAAUUGGCUUUUGAGCAAAUUCCAGCCAUUUUUCUUGAAUUUUGACUCAAAAUUUGCGACGAAAUUCAACACAAAAUCAGAGAUUUAGAACAUUUUCAUAUUUUUAGAGCAACACAAUUGAAAUAUUGAAUUUUAACCCUAUUUAUAGGAUAGAACGGUCUAUGGACAUCGACUAAAUGAUAUUUUCAGGAUUUUUAAGCAAAUGAGUUGAAAUAUUGGGUUUUAAUGUUAUUCAUAUGAUAGAAUGGUCUAAGACGAACAGAAUGAUAUAAAUUUUGAUGAUUUUAGGUUAUCCUUAAGUGAUUUAGCGACGUUUAGUCGAUAAGGUCGCUCAAUCACUUAAGGUUAACCUAAAUUCAUCAAAAUUUAUAUCAUUCUGUUCGUCUUAGAUCAUUCUAUCAUAUGAAUAACAUUAAAACCCAAUAUUUCAACUCAUUUGCUUAAAAAACCUGAAAAUUUCAUUUAGUCGAUGUACAGCUAUAAUUUCCUCCUAUAAAUACGGUUAAAAUUCGAUAUUUCAAUUCUGUUGCUCUAAAAAUAUGAAAAUUUCAUUUUUUUUUCCUACAAAACCAAUUUUUUUUCAAAAUUUCUAGAUUCCGAAGCCGACACUCUUCUAAUCAAAGUUCAUCUCCCAUCCAGAAAUGUCAAUACAUUAAUGAAUGAUCUUGAGGAACACGCGACAAACGAAACAAAUUUGAAUACAAAAUUGGAAAUGGCUGUUUCGCUCACCGAAAUGUUGAAUGGUUUAUUGGAACGAAUCCAAGGCUCUUCAACAACUCAACAAUAA